AUGGUUAUCGACAUAAAGGAAAUGAGAGAGCUUAUGCCAAGUCUUUCGAUCUCACUAUGCGGUCUUUUUCUUAUGACUAUGACACUGCACGCACACCUGGGUGAAGAGUAUAUUAAGCCCAUGCAUUACCUCUUCAUUCUUAAUUCUAUGCUGUGCUUUAAGAAUAACAUAGAACUAAACUAUGCCGACCUAAUGAGCAGCACUGUUAAAAGGUCUCGUCUGAACAGAACCCCGAUGUCUACAAUUUCUUUAAUUGAAUACGUAUUUGACUCUGGGCUUAACAUGUUCUUUGUUUCAAUAGGGUUCAGUAUCCUUAUAGGCAUAUGCUCUAAUUACAAAAAUAUACUAGAGAUACUCCUUAUAAAUGACAUACAGAAGAACCUUCUAUUUAUAAUAAGUACAUCUGCCACUGCUUUCUUUGCUGGUGCAUGUAGCUGUAUAUGUACGUUCAUGUGUGUGGUAUUCUGUAUAUUUAUAAGUAUUUGCUUUAAUUUUGACUCUGAUAAUAUUCUACUCCCUAUUAUUGCAUCUCUCUCUGACUAUGUCUGUACAAUUUCUUUAAUUUAUUUUUCAGAAAGUAUUUAUGUGCAGAUAAGCAAAGCGUACCCAGCAAUAAUUGGAAAUACUUCAAUUUUCCUACCAAAAUUUUAUUAUCAAGUGUUCAUAACAAACAGUGUUUUAAUUGGACUAAUUGUGAUGCUGCUUAGAGUUCUUUAUACGCAAGUGGAGCACAUGCCUAAAUUGAAAUUAUUUGGGUCUUGGUCACUUGGGUUGGCUUUUAUAAUUACAAUGGUAGCUGGCCAUCUCAUAAAUACUUUAUCUUUAUUUAAUCCGUGGAUGGGGUGUGUUAUUCCUUUGUUUAAUGGUAUAGCUGGUUCUGUCAUUCUUAUAUACGUUGGCAAGGUCACUACGUACAUCAGUGCACAGGAGGGUGAGGACAGUGCCGAUGUCAUUUCAAUCAGCAGUGGGGAUAAUGUAAAAUCAGACAAGUAUAUAGAGAAUCCAAAUAAUGUACGUACUUUAUACACUUUAAUAUUCACUGCUACGUGCCUGGCACUGUUCGCGUGCUGUCUUUUAAGGAUUUUCUUUACUGGAAUACCCACGAUGUAUGUUCUUCUAUUUGGAGUUCUUUUAAAUGUAGAGAUAAUCCUUUUAUACUACAUAACAAAUAUUGUUGUAUUUAUCCUUCAAACCUUAAAUAUGGAUGUUUCUUAUAAUAUUGUACCCAUUCUCAAUGCAGUGAGUGAUUUAUUGGGUAUAUGCGUGCUGUAUAGUGCUCUGUAUUUUAUUAUGCCAUGAUUGCAAUCGGUGUUUUCUGGGUAUUUCGCUGUUCUAACGGUUUACACCGUGACAAAUUAUUUUCGUAUUCUCAGAUGAAUCUAAUGCACACCUGAAUAAGACUGUUUAACCUGCCAU